AGUUCUUUUCCACAGACAGGAAGUGCCUGUGGGGAUAGCUGAGUGACUCGGGGCUAUCAGACAGGGAAUAUUCACUUGGAGACAUUUAAGUCCCUCUUUUUUCAUGAACGUAUCUUUCCUAGGACUUAGUGUACGGUAGCAGCGGCUUUCUGAGCAUAAAGUCAUAUCCCUGCACAUGUGGUGGCUGCUAUUGAUGUGAAUACUGUUGCUAAUGAAGUAUACAAGCAUAAUUUUCCUCAUACUCACUUACUGUCAAAGACAAUUGAAGGUAUUUCACUGGAAGACUUUGACAAGCUAUCUUUCAAUAUGAUUUUAAUGAGCCCUCCAUGCCAGCCAUUCACAAGAAUUGGCCUACAGGGGGAUAUGACCGAUCCAAGGACAACUAGCUUCUUGUAUAUUCUAGAUAUUCUCCCAAGAUUACAAAAAUUACCCAAGUAUAUUCUCUUAGAAAAUGUCAAAGGUUUUGAAGUAUCUUCUACAAGAGGGCUGCUGAUACAAACAAUAGAAGCCUGUGGCUUUCAGUAUCAAGAGUUUCUAUUGUCUCCUUCUUCUCUAGGCAUUCCAAACUCGAGGCUCCGAUAUUUUCUCAUUGCAAAGCUUCAGUCAGAGCCUUUCCCCUUCCAGGCCCCUGGACAGAUACUGAUGGAGUUUCCUAAAAUUGUAACUGUUGAGCCACAAAAAUAUGCAGUAGUUGAAGAAAGUCAGCCAAGAGUGCAGAGAACUGGACCACGUAUCUGUGCUGAGAGCAGCAGCACACAGAGUUCUGGAAAAGAUACCAUUCUCUUUAAGCUUGAGACUGUAGAAGAAAGGGACAGGAAACAUCAACAAGACAGUGACCUCUCUGUGCAGAUGCUGAAAGACUUCCUUGAAGAUGGCGACACAGAUGAGUACCUUUUACCACCCAAGUUAUUGCUGCGAUACGCUCUCUUACUAGAUAUCGUGAAGCCCACGUCCAGAAGGUCCAUGUGCUUUACGAAAGGGUAUGGGAGUUACAUAGAGGGGACAGGCUCCGUGUUACAGGCUGCAGAGGAUGCGCAGAUUGAGAAUAUCUACAAAUCUCUUCCUGAUUUGCCACCAGAAGAAAAGAUAGCUAAAUUGUCAAUGCUUAAACUGCGAUAUUUCACACCGAAAGAAAUUGCAAAUCUCCAGGGAUUUCCUCCAGAAUUUGGGUUUCCUGAGAAGACAACAGUGAAACAGCGUUACCGGCUGCUUGGCAAUAGCCUCAACGUGCAUGUGGUAGCAAAACUCCUCACAGUCCUGUGUGAAGGAUUUGGAAAUGCCUCUGAGAGCUGUCACAAGAUGCCGCUAAUUCUAGAUAGUAAUUCCAAGAUUCUAUCUUGAAUGAAUUCUUAUAGAGUUCAGCUAAAUUCUUUGAAUAGCAUUUUCCUGGGUAAUUCAGCAGGAACUUAAAUGUGUACAUCCAAUUGUCCCUCACAUUUAUGUCACUGUAUCAUCCAAUUGUCCCUCACAUUUAUGUCACUGUAUCAUCCAAUUGUCCCUCACAUUUAUGUCACUGUAUCAUCCAAUUGUCCCUUACAUUUAUGUCACUGUAUCAUCCAAUUGUCCCUUACAUUUAUGUCACUGGAUUUGAUAACUUCACAUUGCUGGUUUUGCUUUAUGGACAAAUAUUUUUACAAAGCUUUUAAACUUGUGUAUUAAAUAUCUUUUAUAUUAUGUUAUAAACAAAUUUAAGAAUGCUUGAAUUUUAUAUGUAUAUUAGUACUUUAUAAAGUAUGACAUGAAUAAUAUAAUGAUCCUUAGAAAAUUAUUUUUGUAUGUCAAUUUAAAAAUUGUUUUAUAUAACAUGGAGAAACUAACUGGAUAUAGAUGGAAGCUUCAUCCCUCUAGCUAGUGCUGUUCAUGCUACCAGAAGCAAAAAUAGCCAUCAUGUUUAGCUAGCUAUGAACCAGGACGCCACAGUAGUGACUCUCCUACGAAGAUAUGCCCAUGAGUAUCGUGGGAAUAGCCACCUGCUCUGUGAUACGAUUUAAGGCCUGAUCAAUGGCUCUUUUAUCUGGUUCAGAGACCUGUGGCUAGACAGGUUAUGGGCCCCAGUAAGUAACUUACUAGUAUUAUUUUAUUAAAUGGGCAUUGUAUUAAAUGAUAAUGAUUCUUGAUGAUUGAUUCUUAUACCAUAGAUUAGUGCGUCCCUCAACAUUCAACAGGUAAGCAAGCCUCUUGCAGUAGACAGCAACACAGAAACCCAGAGAGCAAGAGACUGUGAAGGACUCAGCGCUAAGAGACAUCUAUCACUCCCCUCCCUCCCGAGGCUCAGCGAUCAUUGCAGAAGAGGAAGAAAAAACACUGUAAGAGUCACAAGUGGUAGAUGACUUUAGGAAAAUAUAUUAUCCAGAUCAGCAGGACAACUACACGUGUGGACUCAUAGCUAGGUGACAGCAUUCAAAAGAUCUGAACCCCAGAGCGCAUCCCAGCAUGGAGCAGGUAGAGUGGGUACCAAGGCACACCCCUAGCUCAGAGGCUAUUGGCAUUUGGUAGCUGCUGGGAGAGGAACCUAAGAUGUGAUUCCUGGUAUGUGGAACACACCCCAGGGUAGGCUUAUACUCAAGAGUAUUUGAGGAACACAAAUUGAAUUUGGGUGGAUAGGGGAGGGAGUAUGAAUAUGAUCCAAAUAAAUCGUAUGACAUUCUCAAAGAAUUAAUAUUAUUUAAAAAAUUAAAAAUUGUUUUACAACUCUUAAGAUAUUACUCUUUUUGUUAAUUUAUCCUAACUCAAAACUGACUCAAAUGCUAGCUAUUGAGUGUUUUAUUUAAUUUCAGGCCUUUUUAGAUAAGUGCAUACAUUUUAAACCAAAUUAUCAUCAUCCAAACAUAGAUAUCAGUCUGAAGAAUGUACUAGAAAAAUGCUCAUAAAUUCUUAAUCAAAUCUUUGAAAACUGCAGGUGACCUUUUUGUUUGUUUGUUUGUUUGAGACAGGGUCUCACUGUGUAGCCCUGGGUGGCCUGGAAGUUGCUAUCUAAUCCAGUCUGGCUUCUAACUCAGGGAUCUGUCUGCCCCAACCUCCCAUGUGCUAGCUAGAAUUAAAGCUAGAGAUACUUAACCUGGCUUCCUCUCUAACCUUAAUCUGGAGAUAAAGCCUCAUUGUCCUGCCUCCAUUUGCACAUCCUUCCUUUCAGUUUGCUAUUACCAGGGUGCUUUGGCUUUGUCAGCCUUCGGAUUAAGCUUCUCUGUUGUUCCAUUCUAAGGCAUAUGGCAUGGGUCAUGUGGCAGUAAGGUUAAGGGAGGAAAACGUGCUGCUAUUGCUGCUAUUUCUAUAUGAUGCUACUCCGUCCUUUAUCAUACUGACUCUAAACUUAACUUUUCUCUCUCCACUCAGUAAAAGAAAAGAUAAAUAAAAUGUGUUGCAAACAUCUACUAGAAUACCAGUCAGUGUUACCUGGAAUGGGUUUAUGAUACUUGCCGUGGCCUGAUGAGCCUUGGGAAACUGCCAAUGAAAUUAGCCCGUCAUGAAAAGGCAAGAGUGGUUUCAUUCCCCUGUGAGUCAAGCUCAUAGAGACAGUAAGGAGGGCAGUGUUUGCAGGGGUUGGGAGGAGGGGACUAGGAGGUCAGUGUUUAGCAGGUACAGAGCUUCUGUUUGCAAGCAUGAGAAAAUUCUGAAGGCGAGAGGCACUGCUGGUUGGACAUGGUGGUGUGCUGAGUGCCACCCAACUGUACACUUAAUGUCUGUUGGAUGGCUAAUUUUAUAUUACUUACAUUGUACUGAACUUUUAAAGAUUACUCCUGAACUCAGAUAAAUAUGGGUCUAUCAAAGGUAUAAGCUAUGUGUAUAUCAACAGUCACUGUCUAAAGAGAUGAACCUCAUUAAAGUCUCACAAUUACAACCUGAAAUCACCAUUGUGAAACUUACUUUCUUUCUUUCUUCCUUUCUUUCUUCCUUCCUUCCUUCCUUCCUUCCUUCCUUCCUUCCUUCCUUUCUUCCUUCCUUCCUUCCUUCCUCCCUCCCUCCCUCCCUCCCUCCUUCCUUCCUUCCUUCCUUCCCCUUUUAAAUUUAUUUAAUGUAUGUGAGUAUACUGGUCUCUGUCUUGAGAGACCAGAAGAGAGCAUUGGAUCCCAUUACAGAUGAUUGUGAGCCACCAUGUGGUUGCUGGGAAUUGAACUCAGGACCUCUGGAAGAGCAGUAGUGCUCUUAACCGCUGAGCCAUAUCUCCAGCCCAUUCAUGGUGCAAUUUCAUGUAGGUUAACUUCACUGCUGAAGAAUUAUUAUCAAAAAAAUGGUUUAUGGUUUAACAGUAUUAUGCUAUGCUUACAAUUAUGUUGUAAUUAUAAGGUCCAAUGCCCCAUUGAACAAUAUUAUAAUAAGUGCUUAGUUGUAGUUCCUCCAUUAUGAACACAUAUAGGUCUGCAGAGCAUUUACUUAUAAGUUGGGAAACAAAAUAUGGCUUUGUAAGAUUUUUAAGGGGCUGGAGAGGUGGGUCAGCAGUUCACAGCAUUCACUGUUCUUUCCAGGGACUGGGGUUUGAUUCCUACCACGUAUGUGCUAUGCUAUGUAAUUCUAAGGUACUUAUUUCUUGUCCCAUAAUUUUGGUGCUUUACAGGCCCCAAACUAAUGAAUAGAUGCAGAUUAAUUAAUACAAACAAGAUGAUUUAUGUUGGAAAAUAACUUGGAAGAUGAGUAGUCUGAGGAGUGAAACCUGGACCACCGUUAUUGUCAGCGUGAAGUGCAAGGAUAGAGGGAGAGGGAAUGAGUCACCUCUUCCAUGGGACCAGCUGACCUUCUCCAGAGGACCUAGCACAUUUGAGUUCUGGCUAUUAAGCCACAGCUACAAUUGCUCUUGCCUGGCAAAGUGAGCAGAUACCUGCAGCUGCCAACCCAGUUUGCUCUCCUCAACAGCUUUUGAAAGAAAUUUGCAGUUGAAAUAAUAAAUGAUGAAGGGUUUACCCAGUGCUAAAAAUACUAGGAUAGGGCUGGUGAGAUGGCUCAGUGGGUAAGAGCACCCGACUGCUCUUCCGAAGGUCCAGAGUUCAAAUCCCAGCAACCACAUGGUGGCUCACAACCAUCCGCAACAAGAUCUGAUUCCCUCUUCUGGAGUGUCUGAGGACAGCUACAGCUACAGUGUACUUACAUAUAUUAAUAAAAUAAAUCUUUAAAAAAAAUAAAUAAAAAUACUAGGAUAAACUCUUUGGAAUGGUCCACUUUCUCUCUCUCUCCCUUCCUCUCCCCCUCCUCUCUCCUUUUUCCCUCCUUCCCUCCUUCCUUUCCUCGCUUCCUCCCUUCCUUUUUGAAGCAGUGUCUCUUUAUAGUUGAAACUAACCGCAAGCUUGCAAUGUAGAUGAGAGUGGCCUUGAACUUUGGCUCCUUCUUCCUCUGCUCCCAGAUGCUGGGACCACAGGGUAAGGUGCACCAUGCCUAGCUUAUGAGGUGCAGAGGAUGUGUUUAGUUGAUAGCAUGAAUGUGAGGUGAACAUGACCCAGAGAAGUGCACCCCUGGACCACUUUGGCUUUUUAAAGAGGUAAAUGUAUUUGAUGGAGAAGCUGUUCAUGACUCUAACAACCGGCACUCCUACUAAGAACCCAUACAAUGAUGGGCGGUGCCAAGCCCAAUGUAGACAAUUCUGGUCGCAUAGUUGGAGGGUAGGGUUCUUGAAAAUAAAUUACAUCCUGUCUUUGGCUUAAAUCUCAGCCUCAUUCAGAUCAAAAUGUUAGCUAGGAGGAUUCUGAGGAGGAAGAAAUGACACCAAGGAGGAUUAAAACUGGUGUAGUUCUGUUAGCUUAGCCCAGAAUAAAAGAGACGUUAUGUUCAGCCGUCAGCACGUGUGUCCUGAGUGAUGCACUUUGCAGGUGAGUUCUUCUUUCUCCAUCCAAACCAAAGGGAUUCUGCUUAUUGGUUUGUUUUGGCAACUUCUUUAUGCAGAGUCGAGAGGUUUUCACAAACCGAGUCAAAACAAGGUACCAGUUUUGAGCUCACAUCAACUUUUUAAGUGUGCUUUCCUGUCUUCCUUAAGUUGUUGGGCAGAAACUUAGCUGGUGUUGGGGUUGUACCUUAAUGACAGAGUGUGCAGUCUAAAUCUCAGCUUACACACACACACACACACACACACACACUAUAAAAAGAAGGCACAUAAAAAGAAGAAUUUACAUGUAAUUUGCUCUUCACCUGGGAACAAUUUUAAACACCUAACUUGCUUUAAGUGCCACUGCCCUCAGCUUUGGGCUUUGAGAAUGAGUCACAGUUUUUGGGAGCCUGUGAUACACUGGUUUGGAUUCUUUUAAAGAUGUGGCCUUUCGGCCCCUUGACAAGUUCAACCUUUCUGCCAGCAUUUAGUGCCUGUGUGCACUGCAUACGAUCAUGCCAACUUAACAAGAAUCUCUCAUGUUCUGAUUAUUUUUCCUCAUUCUUCAACUCUAUCUAGCAUGUGCCUGUAAGUCGUCAUCUGGAAGAGCACUUCACAUGCUGUGCUAGAUAAACAUCUAGACACUUUCCAACAUCAGCUUCUAACAGCCAACCGAUGUCCACCAUGUUUCCUGUUCUUCUGUUCACUACUAAAAUGUUGAAGUUUCUAAUAAAAAUUAUUUUCCCUGAGUGCUUCUAUUUCUUUGCUACUUGAAGGAUAUUUUACUAUAGGAUAUGUGUACUCUUCUAAAUAUAUAAUCACAAUUCAAACUAUCAGUUUAUCCUGGUUAAUUUACCUCAGGAAUUAAAAUAUUCAGGUGGACAUGGUGGCACACACCUUUAAUCCCAGCACUAGAGAGACAGAUGGAUCUCUGUGCCUUCCGUGCCAGCCAGGUCUACUUGAUAUGUAGAGAGACCCUGUCUCAAAGGAAGAAAAUUAAAAUAUUCUUUAAAUACACUACAUAGACCUAUAAAAUAAUAAAUAAGAAAAGCAUGCCCCUCAGUACAUAUUAAUUCCAUUUCUGAGACCUUAGUGUUAACACUGAGGAGGCAAGCACCAGUCACUUGGAGGGAAAUAUACAUUCUGUAAGAAGUCCUGUGGAGUCAUCAUUUGCUCUUACAGUGGAUUCUGCACAAACCCUAGAUGAGGAGAGGGUCGGUUCCUCUGGAUUCCUGAUACGAAGCUGUCCUUGAGCCUAGUUACCAGGCAAGAGGAUCUCUGCUAUCAGAACCUCCACAAAGGCCCUGGAGAAGAGUUCAGGCAACGCUCAAUAGUAUCUAAGCAAGUUACAUGGGGCAGAUUUCAGCAUCCUAGCCUACUUUAUCAAAGAAACUCCUUAGAAACUAUCAGAUAAUGUCUAGGGUUUAGGCAAAUAGCAAUUAAAAUUUUAAAGUUGUUCGAUACAUUCAUCUUACUUAGAUAUGACUAGUUUUUGUUACUUUGUUUCUAAUUUCAUCUACGCAGCAUUUCAUUCUCAGUUGUAAAAUUCAAAAAAUAACAUUUAUACCAAAUAUUGAUAAAUGAGCUACUAGAAAAUUAGAAUGAAUUCUAGUGUUCUGUUGACCAGGACUACAGUGAACUUAGAAAUAACCUGGUCUUUUGGAACAUUGCUUGUUGUAAGCUUUGCAUAUUGUAUCUAGUUUGACUGGUUUUGUCCUGUUGUUGAGGCAUUCUCUAGUGUCUCUUGAAUAUUCAGGUUCUCCCUCCCCAUUGCUGGUGAGACAAGAAAUUCUUAAGGAGUAUAUGCUGGAUUUUUUUUCCUGUGUUUUUUGUUUGCUCUUAAUUUAUGGGUCAUUUUUGAGAUGUUCUACUCAUUUUUGGACCGUAGUUAAAUCCUGAGGCCACUUGAAAGCAAGCUGGAUAGUGAGGCUCUACGUUACUGCAUAGUAACACGCCACCCAGGCCCAACCUCUGGUAAGGUGCACGUGAAUUCUCCAGUAUAGUGGGUUUCAGAUCCAUAAAUAUUUUGUUACAUACAUAUAGAGAACCUUGCUUUUACCUUGCUACUGAACAUUAUUCUCUUUUGUUUCUGUUAGCUUUGCAUUUAGUUGCUCAAGAAACACUGGCUUGUGCAAAAUGCUGUGUUGCCUUCUCUUCCUUGUUCUCAAAUAAAUGUUUUUGCAUUUACUGUA